AUGGAAAAAGAGAGAAAAAAACAAAUUGGUCCUGAUUCAAGAAAAGCAAAAAGAAAAGAGCGAAGGGGGUCUCGUGACACCUACGAGAAAGACAUGAACAAGUUUUUCACAAUUAUCUAUCACAACAUAUACCGCCUUCAUGAUGAAAAGAUUCCGACAAUCAGACGUGGCAGUGAACCGCGUCAAUCACAAUUGUGCGGAGUCUCAGAAAGGCCAUCCAUGAACAGUGGCACUCAUUUACCUACUGAGCACAGAUUUCCCAGAAGAAAUUCUGAUUUCACACUGCAAUCAUCGCAUUCGAAAUAUUUCAGCAGUCCGACAGCAUUGAAAAGAAGGGUGGAAUUUUCUGACAUAUUCGUAGAGGAACUACAGUUUCCUGACAUGGUGGAAGAUUGUAGGUUUAAAAGGGAGAAGAGUCAAAAGCCAUUUAAUUCAAUUGUGACUGAGUGAACGCUAAGCGUCAGUUUCCGUGUGCUCAUGCGUUGAUGUCAUAUUUUGCUGUUUUUAGUUAAUCUGAGGUUCCUUUAUGAUAAAGACGAGGCAAUGUGA